UACUCCCGCCCCCGCUUCUUCUCAGUUUGUCGAAUGUCGAACGAAUCACGAAUGAAAUGAAAGAUAUUGAAAGGAAUAAGCGGCUAAAAAGGCAUUUCUUAGAUGUGUUUUGUUCGUUUUUUAUGUGAACAAGUGUAUAUUUCCGUUAACAAUUACUUCUGUGGAUAACUUGUUUAUUAUUUGUGCUAAAUGUUCUAUGAAGUUUUGUUUGUAAUUAUGUGCUGUUUCAAAGCGUUGGUGUGUCGAAUUUGUGAGUGAUCGUGGUGGUAUCCUGGUUCUGUGUCGUGCAGAGCAAUAAUGGUUCAACUUCCCGCUCGUAUCGUUGGAAUUUAAACAAUUUGGUUCCGAACGGCAUGGAUGAAGGUCUACUCAAUGAUUUACUGGAGUGCUCCGUGUGCCUGGAGAGACUCGACACCUCCUCUCGCGUCUUACCCUGUCAACACACGUUCUGUUUGAAAUGCUUGAAGGUGAUAGUAGAAUCGCACAAGGAGCUACGAUGUCCGGAAUGCCGGGUGCUGGUCGAGGCCAAGGUGGAGGAGCUGCCUCCCAACGUGCUGCUGAUGAGGAUCCUCGAAGGCAUGAAGAAUUCAGCUCCAAGGAAGAUCAGCGUUGUCCAACGGGCGCCCAGGAGUGGCCAUUCUCAGUCUCAGACGCAGCAAGGUGCGCGGACGGAAGCCAAGCAGCUGCCACCGCAUGCCCGCGCCAUCUACGACUUCAUAUCAAAGGAGCCGGGUGACCUAUCGUUUAAAAAAGGCGACACGAUAAUGCUGCAAAAGAAGUUGGAUCAUUUCUGGUAUCAAGGCGAGUGCUCGGGGAGAACUGGCAUGUUUCCUAUCACAUAUGUACAGGUAGUGGUAGCUCUGCCUGUACCGACCGCGUUGUGCAAAGCUCUGUAUGACUUCAGGAUGUCCGCUCCUGACGAAGAAGGUUGUUUAGCAUUUGAUAAAGGUGCAAUAAUAACAGUGCACCGGCGCGUGGACGAGAACUGGGCGGAGGGUCGGCUGGAGCGCCGCGUCGGUAUCUUCCCCAUCGCCUUCGUGGAGUUCAACCAGCCCGCGCGGCUGCUCAUGAACAGUGUCCCUCUAAACCGGGUAGUACCGCCACUACCCGCUGAAGAGACGAGGCCGGGACACUCUGAGCACAGGCAUCAUAGAUAUCAGCCCGUCUCCCUCUCCGCGCCCCCCAGCGCGCCUCCUAGCGCUCAUGGCAACUACCAGAACAUGGCCCCGGCGCCCGCCGCACCCCUCACACCCCUCACAGCCACUCCCCACAACUACCCCCCGCACGCCCACAGCAUGCUCACACAACCGCAGCAAAUACUAGUCCCGCAGACCGUCUCGCAUGGACCCCUCCUCACCAACAUGACGAGAAAUAUUGUCGAACCAACACAAACUAAACUAUCACUAGACUUUAUAAAUCAUUUUGUCAAUGUACAUAACAAUAAAACUGUCGGCAUACAAAAUGUAUCCCGCAUCAAUGAUUACGAACGAAUGAGAAUCGGCAAAUUCGAUAAUUACUCGCAAAAACCCGACACUACGUACCAAAAUGUAAGAACUCACGAACAUUUUCCGAUCUCAGUCGCAAAUUUCAAUGCAAAUAAUGUCAGCUCGGAUUCAAGUUCUAGUAUGAAUACGCCGUCAGUCGGUGUCAGUUCGACAACAACACCCAAUACUAGUUCCAACACAAGUACGUGUGAAAGUGCCGAACCCAGUUUACCCAGUUCCCCAGAUAAUAAUACCGAACGAAAUGCAACCGUAAACCAACCUAAUACGACUCAGAAUACAACGGAAUUAACUAAUGUAACCGGAGAUAACGAAGCGGAUACUUCAAUAAAUACUUCGAUGGGAGUUUUAAGUCUGAAUGAAAGUUCUACAGCAACUAAUACUUCAUUAAAUGUCAGUUUACCACCGACUGAAAGUCCUAAAAUGACAGCCAGUACGUCACAGAAUCAAAACGAAAGUCUAGAAAAUAAUGAUGCUUCUAGACUUGAUGUACCUUCAUCAUCUAAAAAUACACGCCCAAGUGGACCUGAUUCUUUACUAAACUUCGGUUUGGGCCUACAAGCGGCGCUAUCUCCCUCCCACGCUAAAGACGGGAACUAUCUGUCUCGCUCGCACAGAGAACAUCAUAGAGAAAGAGAGAAAAGACAUAGUUUGACUCCCUCUACACAUCUACAAGGGAAUCAUACACCGAUAAAUAGGCAUUCAGCUGAAAUCCUAGCGACCAGUCUUUUAGACCACGCCCCAGAAAGAGACAGAAAGCGCACAGAAAGAGAGGGAGAGAGAAGACGUCGUCGUUCUAGAAGUAACGAGCGCCCCCUACCUGCGGCUUACGUAGCUAUGUAUCCAUACAAACCGCAGAAGUCAGAUGAACUGGAAUUAAAGAAAGGAGGUGUGUACACGGUGACGGAGCGCUGCCGCGACGGCUGGUACAAGGGGUACUCGGAGAGCUCGCAGCGCUGCGGCGUCUUCCCCGGCAACUACGUGUCGGCCGCGCACCUCGCGCACCUCGCGCACCACGCACACGCGCACGCGCCGCACGCGCCCCACGCGCAACACACGCCGCACACGCCGCAUACACCGCGACCCAAACACGACAAGGCGGCAGUUCAAGCGAAUCCUAAAUCUGCACAAGCACCUCCCGACGCGCCGCCGAGGACUGCCAGCCCUACACUUGUUCAACCGCUGACGUACCCGUGGAGUGCGCAGGCGACACAACAAACUGCAGCCAAAACUGACAAGCCUAAAGAGAAGACGAAAUCAGAGAAAAUCUCUAUUUCUACGGGCGUUAGUUUAAUGAAGAGAUUGGCUGCUAUGAAGAAAUGCAAGUCCCCUCCCCCAGUCGGCUACAGUAUGGACAACCCCGUGUUCGAGGACGGCCCCGGCCCUUCCCUGGCCGCCCCCCACCCUGUACACGUCAGGUCGGGGUCGUGCCCGUCGCAGCUGCUGCGCACGCUGCCGGGGGGCGUGGCUGGGGGCGGGGCUGGGGGGGAGCGCGCCCGCCUCAAGGAGCGCGCGGCUAUGCUCGCGCUGCACGACCACAGAAUGCACAGAGCGAGCAACGAGGGUCCAUGGCAGAGUCAGCAUCGCAAGUCGCAGUCACUGGACGUGACAGUGGCUCGCCGCGACAGGCAUCACGCGCAGCCUGUCAAAGAAAGAUUCCGUUGCAUAGCGCCGUACCCGCCCAACUCUGAGUACGAGUUAGAGUUGAAGGUGGACGACAUCGUGGUAGUGUCCCGCAAGCGCGGUGACGGCUGGUACAAGGGCACGUUGCAGCGCACGGGACGUACCGGUCUCUUCCCUGCGUCCUUCGUGCAGAGCUGCCCACAGGACUGACGACCCGCCCACAGCCACGCCCUCAGCCACACCCACAGCCACGCCCACAGCACACACUAUCAUACACUAUUCUGAGACUAUAACUGUACUAUACACGGUUAUUUUUUAAUUACCACAAAAAGAAACCGGUGAAUAUACAGUCUUAAGUAUUUAGCUCAAAAGUGAUAAAGCUACCUAGCUUUUGCCCGCGACUCCGUCAGUACGAAUUUAAAAAAAAAUCAUACAAAGUAUAUGUUCUACAUUUGUACCAAAUUUCAUCAGGAUCCGUUGAGCCGUGCUAGAAAUAGCUUUUAAUAAACAUUCAGUCAUCUAAACUUUCUCAUUUAAAAUAUUAUAGUAAGAUUAACUGAUUACAAUUUUAAAAAUCCUGUAAUAACUUGAAAUCCUGUAAAAAAAAGAAAAUAUGUUGUCUAUUCUGUUGAUUGUAAUCAACCAAUUUUUUUAAUCAUUAUUUCAUUUCAAACUUUAUCAGUAUUGGCACUAGGUAACGGAUUUUAUUUCUUCUGUUAAUUAAAAUGUAAUCGUGUACAUUCAAGACACUGUAAAAUGAGGAUCGAACCAAAUAGCUGACUUAAUCUUACAUCGGUACGUACUUUAUUUCUUAAAAACGAAACGUAUACCGUAGUUACUCGUUUAAUGAUUUUUAUGUCAUUUAUUUACUGAUCUACUGAAUAAAAUUAAAUGCGUUUGUUGAUGACAAAAUAUAUCUAUUAGUUAGAAUUCUCACAACCGCGACUACAGCGCCAAAAUGGCGGCAAUGGGCACAAAUGUCAAGUCUUGUAUCCUGUCUAUGUAAUAGAGAUCAGUGAAUUUGAGUUUUAAAAACAUGUUUUUAAAAUUAUGAAUGCCAUGGUCUAUCUUUAUAUUCAUAAUUUUUGAUGACAUCGUUGCUUUUGGUCCCUUUUAAAAAUUCAAUUCACUGAAUGAAUACGUAGUUGCAAUAAUGGCUGGCCAUUAUAUUUUCUUUUGACUGAAAAGUAAAUGAUUUUGUACAAAAGUUUGUCAUAAAAUGCAAUUUACAUCACAAUGUGUUUGUAUAUAAGGUAAAUAAAUGGUAUUUUGUAAGUUAGAUGCUUAGCAAUUAAUAACUUAAUAACUUUAAACUUGAAUGUAUUACUUACAUGUUAAUAUGAGAAAUUUGUGUUGUAUUAAAAAAUUUAGUGACAAAUGUACGUUUCUCUUGAUAGGAAAAUAACAGUAACACAAGUGUUAUCUGUUGUAGAUCAGUGUUGCCAUUUUUGUGUACAAAAUUAUUAAAAAAAACUUUUUUAGAUAAUGGAAAUUAUAUGUUGAUUGUAGUUUUCAAAAUUUUUUAAAUACGUUCUUUUUGUAAAAAAUAUUUAACGGUAAUUUUUGGUAAUUACCAAAUUUAACUGAGGGCCAAUGCAUGUCCAGUGUGCGAAGUAAAUGUAUUUUUAUAGAGAUAGAAAUAUUGCAAAAUACCUUACAACUUUUACUCAAAACAAUAUAAUUUCCGGUAAAAAAUACUCCGCACACUAAAAUCUCAUGAUUAAAUUAUAUUUAUUAUCAAUUGGAUAAAAAAAUAUUAACAAUACGAAAUAAUAACUAUGUAAAUACUUCAUAGAAUUAGAGUGACCAUAGUUUACAAUUUUUAUGGGGCCGUAGACCAUCAGUUAGCAAUAAAAUAGCAAAUAUAAAGAUAUUUUUAUCGAAACUCAAACAAUGAAAGCAACUGCCUUAUUACAUACCUUACGGCUGGAUUAGAUGUAUAGUUUAAUAGGAAUUUUUCUUACCAUUUGAUAAAUACUACUAGAGGUUGCGUAGACAUAGAUAUUUGUCUUUAUCUUUCUUCUAAAAAUUAUAAGAUGUGAGAAAGAGAUAGCAAGUUUUUUAAUUGAAAUGAUAUUAAAUUGUUAGAAAAAAAAAUGUUGACAACACCUCUAGUAGUAGCUCCGUUUAAUUACUAAGAUUAAGAGAUAUUUUUAAACAAUUUUAGAUAU